AUGUCAGCAGCAUGGGUGCAAGCCAACGGGUUCUUCAUCAAAUUCGAAGCCAUUCACAGGAUCGCAAAACAACACAACUUUGCAUUCGACCGCCGUUUCAACGUCAUCGCGCACAGUUAUUUUGACGACUUCUUGGUCAGGAAGGGGAAGCUCGAUAUGAGGUCCGAAUCCCGCAUCCAGUAUGACCGUCUCCUCGUCAUAAGUAAUAUCACGCCCGUCGUUGGGCCGUUGAGGAUCGCGAAAGUCGAGCCGGACGACAAGGCGCUCAGGGAUAAGGAGUGGUUGGUGGGUGUCGGUUUGGACCCGGACGAGUUGGAGUGGGGCGCCAUGUUGGAUAUGCGGAAGGGGUUGUUGGGUAACGCGGAGUUGCUCUCGCCGAGGAGGAGGUUGGCUCAUAAAUGGUUGGGGAGAGGCGGCACUUGUUUAAAUGACGCGUCGGGAAGCGACACGUCCAGAUCCACAAAUUGUGCUCAGGCUCGCGAGCCGCCAGUCGUUGGUAGACUUUAUCGAGCUUAA